AUGCAGGAGCUUCAACCCAAGUUUACCACGGUGAAGGGGAAGUGGCAGAUUAUUGUGGCGGAGAGCUCGGAGAAGAAAGAAUGGAAUUUGAAGAGGGAGGUGGAGCUAAUGCCUUCCUAUGAUGAGUGCUAUACACCUACCCACCCCAUAAUAAUGAAUAUUUUAGUUUGGAAUAGCAGGGGUGUGCUGAAGCCUAAUUUUCAGGAGUAUGUUAGAGAGUUGGUUAGAGUCCAUAAUCCGGCCAUCUUAGUGAUUAUGGAGACUAGACUGGGUGGAGAAAGAGCCAAGGGAAUCACGGAUAGACUUCCGUUUGAUGGCGCCAUUCACACUGAAACAAUCGGGUAUGUUGGAGGUUUAUGGCUGCUAUGGAACUUUGACCUCGUGGAGGUGGUGCAGCUAGCUAAUACGGAGCAGGAAGUCCAUGUGGAAGUGAAGGUAAUUGCUUCUAACCUUUAUUGGAUUCUGUGUGCUGUGUAUGCUAGUCCUACGAGUGCAGAAAGGUAUAUUCUAUGGGAGAACUUAAUUAAGGUUGCAGGUUUACAUAAUAAGCCAUGGGUGAUAGCCGGGGAUUUCAAUGAACCCUUGUUGGGUGAGGAUAAAUUUGGAGGAAGACCUGUUAGUAUCUCGAGAUCCCUCCUAUUUAAAGACUAUUCAGAUAAAUGUAAUAUGGUUGACCUAGGAUUCUCCGGUCCUAGAUAUAUGUGGACAAAUAGAAAGGACCUGAACAAUCUCAUUCAAGAGAGAAUUGACCAAUUUUUCACUAACCCGAGUUGGUGCCUAUUGUACCCAGAGGCUAGAGUAACACAUUUAACUCGAUGCCACUCUGAUCAUUGUCCAGUUCUCAUGGAGGCAGUUCCUAAAAGAGUCACUCACCUUAAUAGACCUUUCAAGUUCCAGAGCUUCUGGUUAUCUAAUCCUUCGUUUCCUGGGGUUGUGAUGAGGGCAUGGAGUCAUACUAGAAAUCUCUCGGCUUCAAUAGAAAAAUUUACAAAUGAAGCAACACAGUGGAACAAGAAUCAGUUUGGUAACAUUUUUGAGAAGAAGAGGAGGCUAAUGGCACGGCUUAAUGGAAUUCAAAGAACCAUAGCAUCUAAUCCAACCUCCCAUCUAAUCGAUUUGGAGAACCAGCUGUAA